AUGGAGAGUGGUGCGUCGAAAUUGUACUCACACAGCGGCAUGACGGUGACGUUACAUGAGGGGCCUGCGCUGGAGGUAGUUUCGCGCACCUCUGAGCCUUCCUAUCCUACCUUCAAUGGCAGCUUUGACGCGUGGAAGGUGGUGCCGCAUCUGAAUCUCUACGGCGGCUUUGAUGCCAGUCUUACAAGCGCCACCACACCCGAUGGCGGAGCUUCCCUCCUUGCACCAGUGAAGCCUCAGCAGCGGAGACAACAACGAUCGUACCGACUGGUGACUCCUCCUUCAUGCAAUGAGGAGACGCUGAGCGACACCGACACAGAGGUACACUGGCAUCGACCACCACUACAGUCAGUGCUCACUCCACCCGCCGUCUCGAAGAUAGAGCCGACGACACCCAAGACGAAGGCCACACACAGCAGCAACGGCGGCAGCACAGACGUCGAGGAGAAGAACAAAAAAGAGGAAUACAGGGAUUAA